CUCCCGCACAUCAAGUGCUUAAUCGUUAUCAGAUACCACGGUGGUUUUCGGGUACCAGUUACCCUAGCAGUCAUGGCACUCACGCUCUUCAACGACCCCUUCAUGACUGAGAUGGACCGGACCAUGAACAGGAUGCUGUCGUCUUUCGGUAUCCCGACAUCCCGGGGCACCGCGACGGCCAAUUGGCCUGUGGAUAUUCUCCGCCCCUUCACCGGCACCACCACCGGCGCGACUAGCAUGCCCAUGGACAUAAUUGAGACGCCCACCGCCUACGAGCUGCACGCUGACACUCCCGGCAUGGCGCCUGAGGACGUCAAGGUGGAGCUUCACGAGGGCGUGCUGACGGUAAGCGGCAACCGCAAAAUAGCGCGCGAGGAGAAGGAUGCGCAGGGCAAGGUGUGGCGCAGCGAGCGCAGCUCCUACAGCUUCGCGCGUUCCUUCACGCUUCCGGAGAAUGUAAACAGCGACAACAUCUGCGCUACAAUUGACAAGGGCGUGCUGAAGGUCUGUGUGCCAAAGAAGGAGACCGAGCCCAAGCCCGAGCCCAAGCGCAUCACCGUGACCGGAGCUUAAGACCGAGAAGACAUCCAGAGCUCCUUUCCACCAAGGGGUGCAUUUGGACUUGGCUCGGUCGUGCUUUAUCUCUCUUGCCUUGUGCUGCUUGUAGAUUUUGGCGAGAGGUGGGGACAAGUGUAAGGGAACAAGAAGGGGGCCUGGGUAUAGUAGCCAAUGGACAACUUUUCCUAUGUCUGGGCGUCAUAUCUCGUUGCGGGGUGGGGGCUUGGGAGGUUUUUUUCCAUUAACGUGUGUGUGUGUGUGUGUGUGUGUUUGUGUGUGUUUGUGUGUGUUCGCCAAUGUAAAAGGAUGAAACGUCAUAUUUAAAGAAAUGUCGUGAGGCAUGAGGGGGAUCCGCCGAUCGAGGUCUGGUUUCCACUUUGCGGAUUUGCACACUGGUCCGUUACCUGUAACAGGUUUGGUUCC